AACCUUUCUUCUUUAACUUCUCCCUCUCUUUCUCUCUCUCUCUCUCUCUCUCUCUCUGACCCUGCUAACUUUCUAAUAUAGUGAUACUUCUCUCUCUAUCUUUAUUGUUUUCUGGUUGUUUGUUUCUCUUAAAAUCUUCCUACAGUGACUGUACAUUGCAGUUUGUAACAUCACCCUAAAUUCAAGAAAAAAAGAGCAUUGUACAGUUACUGUGUUACUGAGUAGCACACAAUCUGAAAGAAGCCAUCCUACCUCAAGGGUAAGCAGUGUUUCCUCAUUAACUCUAAUGUGACUCAAACUCCUGACUUAUCAAUUGGAAGUGGGGAGGCAUUUCACUAGCUGAGCCAAACUCUCUCAUCUCGACGAGGAACUUUUAGAAGUGGCCAAUUGUUUGAUUUGUAUGUUAUAGGUUGUUUCCUGGAUUUUCUUUUUAGCUUGUGUAAAUUUGAUUCAAUUCCAAAUAAUGGAUAUGAGUAGCAAGAAUGAUACUGAGCAACUAAAGGUGAACGAGGAUGCUGGGAAUUUUCAGUUACCAAAUAUGUCAUUAGAGUGGCAAUUAAGUGACACCAACUUGACAAAUGCAUCCAUUGGAAUGAUCCCUAAAAGUGAUCCUACAGUAGAUUCAUUUUAUCCCACUAUUUGGGAUCGACCUACUAAUUCCCCAAACUUAAGUUUCUACGGUAAUAAUGUUCAAAUUAAUCCUAGCACUACAAAUCCACACGGAAUUGCAGAAAUUGGCUCAGGCCGUGCAAGAGGUGGUGUUGAUAGAACAGUUGGUAUGAGUUGGAAUCCACCGAAUGCAAUGCUGAAAGGGGGCGUGUUUGUACCGCCUAAUAUUGGAAUGCUUCCUCAAAGCUUAGCUCAGCUUCCAGCUGAUUCAGGCUUCAUUGAGAGAGCUGCAAGGUUUUCGUGCUUCAGUGGAGGAAACUUCAGUGAUAUGAUGAACCCUUUUAGCAUCCCUGAGUCUGUGAAGCCUUGUUAUAGGGGACUUGCGCCAACGUGCAGGUCAGAAGAUGUUUUUGCAAGCAACGGAUUAAACUCACCCUCUGCUAUAAACCCUCAGAAGCAGCAUAUGAGAAAUGCGGUUGAAAGUUCCAAGGAUGUUGCUUUACAUAGAGAGCAUGAGACCAAUAAAGAAAGCCCUCUCAAGAAUGAGAAAAAGAAUGAAAACUUUGGUAAGUCUCAGGGUGAAGGAAAAGAAGCAGUUGGAUUGUCCGGAAAUGAGUCUGAUGAAGCUGAAUGUAGUGGCCGUCAAGAGGAAAUGGAAGGCGCUAGGGAGGAGUCUUCCUCAAAGGGCCUUGGCUCAAAGAAAAGGAAAAGAAAUGAUCAGGAUGCUCAACCUGAUCAAAUGAAGGGAGCGCAACAACCGCCAGCUGAACAUGCACAAGAUCAAACUGAAAUUCAGGGGGGACCAAACUUGAAUUCAACUGCCAGCAAACCCGGUGAAAAAAACAGUAAAGAGAGGUCUCAAGCUUCAGAUCCACCUAAAGAAGAAUACAUACACAUUCGAGCUCGACGAGGCCAGGCAACGAAUAGCCAUAGUCUUGCAGAAAGAGUAAGGCGAGAGAAAAUCAGUGAACGAAUGAAGUAUCUUCAGGAUCUUGUACCUGGUUGCAACAAGGUCACUGGUAAAGCUGUAAUGUUGGAUGAAAUCAUUAAUUAUGUACAAUCUCUGCAAAGACAGGUUGAGUUCCUCUCGAUGAAGCUUGCAACAGUAAACCCACAGCUAGAUUUUAAUCUUGAUGGGCUCCUUGCAAAAGAUAUCCUCCAGUCGCAAGCAGGGCCUUCAUCCUCACUUGUUUUUCCACCUGAUAAUAUGACCAUGCCUUAUACUUCUUUGCAUGCAUUGCAAUCCGGUCUGCUUCAGUCAGGUUUUCCUGGUGUGGGAAAUUGUACUGAUUCAUUUCGUAGAUCCAUCAAUUCCCAUUACGCCUCUAUGAGUGGUGGCUAUAAGGAUACUUCAUCUCAGGUACCUAAUAUUUGGGAUGACCAGCUACAUAAUGUUGUAGAGAUGGAAUUCAACUCAAGCGCGCCCCUCAAUAGCCAGGAUUUAAGUUCUCUGCCUCCUGGCCAAAUGAAAGCAGAACCUUGAAAUGUUUUGAACAUCAAUUGGAUACACUUUCUGUUUCUUUGGGGACUAAGGUGCAUAGAUUAUUUUGUUUUUGGGGCUCGAAAAGUUGAACAUUUGGGAAGUUUUCACAUUGAGAGCUCCUCAUAUUCAAGGUGUGCCUCCCCCCUGGCGGAGUUCUGAGUUCAGUUGUACAGCAAGUCCACUAAAAGUUUCUUUUUAUGGGUCAAUCUAUAUAAGCACUAUAUUAUUGGCUCCAAGGACCGAAGAUUUAUACACAUGAUCGAAAUUCUUCCUUCAACAAGAGCAAAUGAGGGUUCAAGAAUUUAGGCGUUCGGGAUAAUAAGUGCAAAGGAGAUUAGUCAAUCAUUCAUAUUUAGUUUUAAUCUUGGAUCUUUGAGAUGAAAUGGUUAUGUUUCUCAAAUGUAUUGGAGGAAACCUGAAAAUUGUGUGCUUUCGAUGAUAGAAAAUGAAGUUUCAUUCUUUUGAUUCCAA